CCGUCCGCGACUGGCCGCGGUCACAGGCGCAGUCUGGCCGUUUUGUCCGUGUAGGUGUUGCUAGUUACGUGCGUGACAGUGUCUGUAAAUGAGUGUUUCCGCUGGAGGAUCAUUGCCUAUUGAGAUCCCGACAAAGAGCCAGUUCCAUAUCAGUGCAACACAAUAAUCGAUCUACCAAACCCAAAUAGUGUGAACUUUGCUCCUGAAUUCAUUGGCCCUUAAGCGUUGGAAAUAACUUUUCACGCCGUUCAGCACCCGAGCGCAAAACGGAAUAACAGAAAAUUAAAUUUACAAAUACUGCCAAUCUCGCAUCUUAGUCCUGCAGGAUCGCGAAACGAUCUUGUUGUGUUAGUGGCAGGGUACAGGAACGGAAAAAUUGGUGAAAGUUCAUAUCGUUCUUGCUCCGAGCGAGUGUGUUUCUUGUCAAGGAACAAUUGUGGAAUGACCGGACCAGCGACCUCAACAAAGUGAAGAAGCUGCGGAGAACAUAUAGCAGUGUGUGUAUUUUUUUUUAUUCGCUUGUCCAACCGCAAUCCAGUUAGUGCUAGUUUCUUUAACUCUAGUCCAAGAAUAACUUCAUCAUCGUACGAGCGGACGAUCUACUGAAGUCAGGGCCGAGAGCUGGCUAACACGAUGGCGAACAAGCGGAUCGUCUGGUCCGCGAUGCUGCUUACGUUGGCAGCACUAGCAGCAACGGCCGAAGCUGCCAAAUUCCAAUGUCAGGAGGAAGGCUUUGCCGUCGAUCCCAACGACUGUGCCGUGUUCUAUCGCUGCGUUCAGGAAGGUGAUAGUUUGACGGCGUACAAGUUCCGCUGUGGACCAGGAACCGUUUUUUCGAUGAACGAAAAUGUGUGUGUACAUCCACGCGACUCGGAGCGAGAGGAGUGCCGGGAGACUGGUAACGAAAUCGACGGACCAGCGCCGGAACCCGAACCGGCGGCACCAGAGCCGGAACCUGCCGCGCCGGAACCCGAACCACAAACGAUGGAGCAGAACGAGCAGGAACCGAUGGCGAUGGGUAAUGGAGAACUCGAACAGAAUGGCGAUGCUGAAAACAGUGUAAAUCCGGAAGGUAAUUCACCCACCGGAACGGGACAGGAACAGCCAGCCACUGGGGAUUCGGAAAAAGAGGACAAAAAGCCAAUCAUAGACGAUGGAGUGCCGUGCGAAGAGGACGGUUUCGUUGGUGACAGGAAUGAUUGUCAGGUGUUCUACCGGUGCAUUGCUCAAGCGGACGGUAGUUUUAAUAAACUUCCAUUCCGUUGCGGCGAUGGAACGGUGUGGGAUGAUCGAAUCAGUUCCUGCAACCAUGCGAGUGCCGUCGAACGCUGUACACAGAUUUCGCAAAGCGACUACAUUGUGAACCAAGAAUCGUUCAGUCAAUCGAAUGCCUCGAUGGACAGAAACAUGACCCAGGCCAGUAGUUCAAUGAUGCAGAAUGGUAUCACAACUAACACGACUAGCUCCCAAACGGCAGCAGCAAGUCAGAUGAGCAACUACAAUAACAUGACAACUUUUACACAAGGAAACAAUGGUCAGGGUUCGAGCAGCUCGAGCAGUUCUAGCAGCUCUAGCAGCUCCAGCAGCAGCAGCAGUAGUAGCAGUAGUAGUAGCAGCAGCAGCUCCAGUUCCAGCAGUUCUGGUGGCAGUAAUCAAUGGAAUAAUCAAGGAUCAGGUGGACAGUGGAGUAACCAGAACCAAGGUUCGAGUGGUAAUAAUCAAUGGAACAAUCAAGGCUCUAAUAACCAGUGGCAAAACCAAAAUCAAGGUUCAUCCGGUAGUAAUCAGUGGAAUAAUCAGAAUCAAGGACAAAAUAGUCAGUGGAACAACAAUAAUCAAGGACAAAACAGCAACAAUCAAUGGAAUAACCAAAACCAAGGUCAAAAUAACCAGUGGAACAAUCAGAACCAGGGUCAAAACAAUAACAAUCAGUGGAGUAAUCAAAAUCAGGGUACUAACGGCCAGUGGCAAAAUCAAAAUCAAGGGUCAGAAGGAAGCAAUCAAUGGAACAAUCAGAAUCAAGGUCAGAAUCAGCAAUGGAACAACAACAAUCAAGGUCAGAGUAGUAACAACCAAUGGAAUGGUCAGAGCCAAGGUCAGAAUAAUCAAUGGAGCAAUCAGAAUCAAGGUCAGAGUAGUAAUAACCAAUGGAAUAACAACAACCAAGGCCAAAACAAUCAAUGGAACAAUCAGAACCAAGGUCAAAACAGUAACAAUCAAUGGAACAAUCAAAACCAAGGCCAAAACAACCAGUGGAGCAAUCAAAAUCAGGGCCAAAACAGUAACAACCAAUGGAGUAACGAAAAUCAAGGACAAAAUAAUCAAUGGAACAAUCAGAACCAAGGUCAAAAUAGUAACAACCAAUGGAAUAACAACAACCAGGGUCAGAGUAGCCAGUGGAGUAAUCAGAAUCAAGGUCAAAAUAAUAACAACCAGUGGAAUAACCAGAAUCAGGGUCAAAAUAAUCAGUGGAACAAUCAGAACCAAGGUCAAAAUAGUAACAACCAAUGGAACAACCAAAAUCAGGGUCAAAGCAGUCAAAACCAAGGACAAAAUAACAAUAACCAGUGGAACAGCAAUAACCAGGGUCAAAAUAACCAGUGGAACAAUCAGAAUCAGCAAUCUAACAGUAAUACUCAGUGGAAUAACCAAAGUCACAGCGAAAGUCAGCAAACGAGUAUGCAAACUCACAAUUCAACAAGUAAUAAUCAGUUUAACAAUCAGGGCCAAGGCCAAAACAACCAAAACAAUCAAAAUCAGGGUCAAAACAAUAACAAUCAAUCGAAUAAUCAGAAUCAAGGUCAAAGUCAGCAAUCGAGCAAUCAAAAUCAAGGACAAAAUAGUAGCAACCAAUCGAAUAACAAUAAUCAAGGCCAAAGUCAGCAAUCGUCUAAUCAGAAUCAAGGUUCAAGUAGUACUAACCAAUGGAGCAAUCAGAACCAAGGUCAAAAUCAGCAAACAAACAAUCAGAAUCAAGGUCAGAGUAGUAGCAGCAGCAACCAAUCAAGUAACAAUAAUCAAGGCCAAAGUCAGCAAUCGUCUAAUCAGAAUCAAGGUUCAAGUAGUACUAACCAAUGGAACAAUCAGAACCAAGGUCAAAAUCAGCAAACAAACAAUCAGAAUCAAGGUCAGAGUAGUAGCAGCAGCAACAACCAAUCAAGUAACAAUAAUCAAGGUGAAAGUCAGCAAUCGUCUAAUCAGAAUCAAGGUUCAAGUAGUACUAGCCAAUGGAGCAAUCAGAACCAAGGUCAAAAUCAGCAAACAAACAAUCAGAAUCAAGGUCAGAGUAGUAGCAGCAGCAGCAGUAGCAAUCAAUCGAGCAACAAUAAUCAAGGUGAAAGUCAACAGUCGAAUAGCCAGGGCCAAGGAUCUAGCAACAAUAAUCAGAAUAACAGCAAUAACCAGAGCUCCAACAGUAAUCAAAAUCAAUCGAACCAACAACAGGGUAAUACUAAUCAAAAUCAAGGAUCUGGCAGCAAUAAUGAAAACCAAGGGUCCAGUAACAAUGGUCAACAUAAUCAAUCGAACAAUAACAAUUCAAAUCAAAGCUCCAACAAUAAUGAAAACAAUCAGAACAGUCAGUCAGGAUCCAUUGGUUCCAGCCAAGGCCAUGAAAAUAAUCAACAGAAUGCAGGAGGCAACCAACCAUCUUCAGGGAAUCAAAAUAUUGACAAUCAAAGCCCUACUACUACUUCCACUGUUGCUCCACAAACAACUUCCGCUACGACAACAACAACCACGGCUCCAGAAAUUCCAUCCACAGCAUCGACGACUGUCGAACAAACAACAACCACACCAACAACAAUGCCAACAACAACUACGUCUACUACUACUGUUGCUACUACUAGCUCUAGCGUACAAACGCCUUCACCUGAACCAACAACGCUCUCUUCCUCCAGUACUCAAUCGUCUACUGCGGCUGUAUCCUCAACACAAUCUCCUGCUAGUGAAAUGGCUUCCCCGAGUGCUUUACCAAUCACUGAACUAUCCACUACUAGCCAAAGCACCGUUACAAUUAGUACACUUACCACUACUACACAAACAACACUCACACCUAGUAGCAUCGCUGCGGAACCUUCCACAACACAGAGUUGGAAUAAGGAAGAAACUGUGACAACAGCUACUGCAAGCUCUACUACACUACCAACUACUUCUACGGAAGCACAAAACACACAGUCACCUGCCACCGGUGAACCUACCACCUCCUCACACACCACACAAACACAAGUAUCGCAACCAUCCGUCACACAAUCUCCCAUAAACACAUCUACAGAAACUAGUACACAACCUUCCUCGGUUGAAACUACCGCAUCACCCUUACCCACACAAUCUACCACACCUCAACAAACACCUACUACUGAGAGUGAACCUACGCCCUCAACAUCUGCACCCGUUCAAACCACAACCACCGUCGAUGAGUCGACAACACUACCCAGCACACUUUCACCCGAAACUACACCGCACAGUGAACACACUACACAAGAAACCGCUACACAACAAUUCACUACUCAAUCAUCUAGCACACAGGCACAUUCAAGCACUGAGCAGCAGGUAACAACGUCUAUUGAACCGAGUACACAAGAACCUACAGUCACCGAACAAUCCACGAUGCCGGAAGAAUCAACCACCCCUAACACACCAACACAAGAAACAACUACUCUGGCACCUGUGGCAGAGGAAUCCAACACAACACAACCAGCCUCUACGGAAACAAGCACUACUACACAACAGCACAUCACUACACUCGAACCCACAACACCACAGACAACGGAGUCCUCUGCUUCUAUUUCUAGCUCGGAACAAACCGUUUCACAUGCAACAACUACACAAACAGUACACACUACACAAUCAGCGCCGCCAUCUGCGUCUACAGAAACAACAACCGCACCAACAUCAACCACAAACACAACACCAACUCCAAACACACAAACAACCACCAUGCUCACAACGAUUGUUAUGCAAAGUACUCAGUCUACCACUCUUUCUCCUUCAGCACAACCAUCAAGUACGACACAGCGACCAACCUCGGCGGCCACUACCGGAAGUAGCGGCAGCUCCGGCUCCAGCACUAGUCAACCAACUGGAUCGGGAAUGGCCCCGGCCUGUACGGAGGAUGGAUUUAUGGGUGAUCCAAAUGAUUGUAAGAAGUUCUAUCGCUGUGUUUCGAAUGGUAAUGGACAGUUUACGCGAUACGAAUUCCGCUGCGGCGAUGGUACGGUGUGGGACGAUAAUGCCGGUAGCUGUAACCACGAUUGGGCGGUACAGGAUGGACGAUGUGGUAAACCAAAUGGACAAGGGUCUUCAAAUGGUCAGCAUGGCCCUGAUGAAACCGGUAGUGGACCCAAUGGACCAGAAGGUAACGGUAGCGGACCAAAUGGAUCUAGUGGUCCAAAUGGUACUGAUGGACCUGACGGAUCAAGCAAUGGGUCUAAUGGACCUGAUGGAUCAAGUAAUGGACCGAAUGGACCAAACGGAUCAAACAACGGACCAAGUGGGCCUGAUGGACCAAACAAUGGACCCAAUGGACCAAAUGGACCUGACGGACCCAAUGAGUCUUCUAAUGGACCUAAUGGACCUAACGGACCGGAUGGACCAAACGGACCCGGUGGACCUGAAGGACCAAACGGACCUAACGGACCAGAAGGACCAAACGGACCUAGCGGACCUAACGGACCGGAUGGACCAAAUGGCCCUGGUGGACCUGAAGGACCAAACGGACCUAAUGGUCCAGAAGGAUCUAACGGACCAGAAGGAUCUAACGGACCUAACGGACCUAAUGGGCCGAAUGGACCUGAAGGACCAAAUGAGUCAAACAGCUCGAACGGAACCGAAGAUUCCACUGCUCCUGGACAACAGUCCACCACAGUUCCCCCAUGUCAGCAGCAAACUACGACCACCACACAAUCACCCGCAGUACCCGCUGGAAGUAAUGGUGUAUGUGAACAGGAAGGGUUCAUGGAACAUCCCUCAAACUGCAAGAAAUUCUAUCGAUGCGUCGACAAUGGUAACGGUGGAUACGAUCGGUACGAGUUCACUUGUGGGCCUGGAACAGUUUGGGACAAUGACAUUCUUGCCUGUAACCAUCCGACAUCGGUUCAAAAUUCCAAGUGUGGCACAGGAGGUGAAACUGCAUCCUCCCAGUAUCCGGGAAGUUCGUCAGGCCCCGGCAACACAUAUUUGCCCCCGGCACAAUCGUCUACCGAAUCUAUGCCAAGUACAACGGAGCAGACAAUGAGCAGCUUGGAACCAGAGUCUCUAACCACUGGUGCCACGGAUGCUGCUAGUCAGGAAACGACCAGCAGCACUAGCACAACAGCCCAACCAGAAACGGCGCAAUCAACUACUGAAGCAGCAAAGCCAGAAACUUCUUCAAGCGCUCAAGAACAAACUACCGAAACUCAAAAUCAAACCACUGAAGCUUCCAAGGAAGAGGCAACUUCUAACGCCCAGGAGCAGACAACUGAAUCGCAGAGUCAGACAUCCACUACGGUGACGGGAGAUUCGUCGACAACUCCUGAAGGAGCUACCGAAACUUCGACAAUGCCUUCAUCUGAAGGAUGCGAUUCCGAAGGAUUCAAACCCCAUCCCACCAACUGCAAGAUGUUCUAUCGCUGUGUCGAUAACGGUAAGGGAGGAUACACGAAGUACGAGUUUACGUGCUCAGAAGGCACUGGCUGGGACGAAAGCAAGCAGGCCUGUAACUACGAGUACGAGAUUCCCAACUGCGGCGCCGAUCGUCCACCAGAGCCUGAACCAGAGCCGAGCGGCACGGACAUGACGACGGGAACAAGUGAAGGUACCACCGCAACAACCGAUGCAGCCACCGAUGGUACAACCCCCGCUCAGGAGAGUACCACCGCCAAACAAGAGACGACAACCACAGCAGCUCAGGAAGCUAUCACUACCUCUGCGAAUCAGCAAACUACUACAACGGACCAAGCAAACCAGGAAACGACAACGGCUCCUAGCGAUUCAACUACAAGUGCCUCGUCGUCGGCCCAAGAAACGACUACUACUGGCGCUACAGGACAGGAGAUGACCACCUCCAAUGAAAUGGCAUCCGAAAUGACGACCGUACAGGGGCAGGAAAUGACCACAGCUGGGGGUGAAACGACCACAACUGGUAGUGAGACGACUGCAGCUGGUAGUGAAAUGACCACAGAAAGCUCUCAACAGACAACUACAAUGGGUUCUUCGUCGGGUGAAUGUACUGAGGAGGGUUUCAUGGGAAGUCCGGACGAUUGCCGCAAGUUCUACCGAUGUGUAGACAACGGCAAGGGUGGAUUCAAUAAGUAUGAUUUCACUUGCGGCGAAGGUACCGCAUGGGAUCAAGCGCUUCAAACGUGCAAUCAUGAGAAUGUUGUUGAAAUGUGCGGCGGACAGACAGGUAACACUAGCAAUAACACUAACCAAACACAAUCAUCAUCAACAUCAUCUACAACAACUACAUCUACUACUGCUUCUACUACCACUACUACUACUUCAACUACCACUAAAGCACCUUCCACAACAUCUACUACUACCACUACUACCACACAAGCUCCCUCCACAACUGCUUCUACUACCACUACCCAAACACAACCCCCAUCCACCACUACACAAAGCACAACCUCCACUACCACCUCCUCCGCACAACCAUCAACAACAUCAUCGUCAUCAUCAUCAUCAUCCGCAACUACCCAAAGCAUGCAAUCCUCGUCCGAACCCACCACCACUGAGCGCAUGAAAGCUUCUUCCUCCUCCUCGACGCCAGUGAACUGCACGGAGGCUGGCUUCUUUCCGAAUCCGGACGACUGUACCAAGUUCUACCGUUGCGUUGACUGGGACGGUAUGGGUGAAAACUUUUCCGUCUUUCACUUCGACUGCCCCGAGGGUACCAUAUGGGAUCCCGCUGUAAAUACCUGCAAUCAUGAGGACAGCGUCCAACCACCCCGCAAUUGCUCCAAAUCUGCCCCACCGGAAACUACUGAAUCGAACGCUGAAUCCACCACCUCUGUUACAGAAGAACCAGGUUCUACGACUGAAGGCGCACAAAUGACGACGACUGCACAGCAAACGGAAGCGACUACUGCCGCCAGUGGGCAGCAGGAGACGACUACCGAUUCCAUGAGCACCGAAACAACAGCUGCCCCGAAGGAAGAAACCACGACACAGCAGCAAAUGAUGACGACCACGGAUACGGCGGCUCAAGAAACGACCACCAUGGCUGGUCAGGAAACUACCCAAGCGGCUGCUACGACUGAAGGAUCUCAAGAAACGACAACAAUGGCCGCCCAAGAAAUGACAACGAUGGCUGCCCAGGAAUCCACCACGACGGCGGCACAGGAGACAACGACGAUGGCUGCACAGGAAUCGACCACGAUGGCAGCUCAGGAGACAACGACGAUGGCUGCACAGGAAACAACAACCAUGGCCGCACAGGAAACAACGACCAUGGCCGCACAGGAAACAACGACUAUGGCUGCCCAGGAAUCUACCACUGGCAGUAACCAACAGGAGACAACUACAGCCUCUCCACAGGAAACAACAACGUCUUCUAGUGGAGAGCAGGAGACGACCACAAUGGGUCAGUCCGAGAUGACCACCGAAGCUGCCGGUCAGGAGCAAACAACCGAAGGUAUGGAAUCAAGCACGGAACCGGCCUCUCAGGAGUGUCCAGCUGGUUGCAUGAGCUCAUGCCCACCAGUUGACGAAGAUCAAGAUCGGUUCGUAUGUCCGACCGGCUUCAAGCGUCAUCCCAAGAACUGCAAUCUAUUCUAUCAGUGUACGGAGAAACCCAACAGCUACGAUUACAGCAUCGUCGUGUUUAGCUGUCCCAACGACACCGUCUACAGGGAGGACCGAACACAGUGCACAGCACCUGCUGAGGGCGAUGACCGCUGCACGGCAGCUAAAUUACGAUCGCAACUUCGUAGUACACGGCAGCUGCCGGUUAUGCAGCUUGGCUCGAUGGAACCGCUUUGCCCGACUGAUGGUCACUUCGCGAUCGACGAUCAAAAAUGCAGCUCCACCUUCUUGCGCUGUACACAAGGACGAUCAGGUCUGCAGCCGAACAUGUUCCGCUGCCCGAAGGGUUACGUCUACUGGCGAGUCAGUCGCCGCUGUGAGCGUGUCCAGAAGAUCCCAGAGUGCCAAUCGACACCGAUGCAAGAACGCUCGGAACUUCCGGUCGAGUGGAUUAACAUCGGUAACCGUCGCCGAAGUUUGUUCUAGAGACGAUAGCUAUUCGUCUCCAAGGAGCAAACGAGCCCCAUCUGCCAUAGUUCUUCAUCGUGUUUCAGCACAACCCUUUCAGCUGUCCUUUCUUUCCCGAAACGCAACUGAACGUACUCAACGUGAACUGGUGCCAGUGUGGAUUGCGCUUGGUGCAGGUUCUUUCGCACAAACCUAUACCGCUCACUCACUGCACUGCUGCGACAACCAGUUCUAGUCAGCAAGAAAUGUCCCUGAGCGAGCGGCAUAAAGCACUCCACAGCUAGCUGCCGUCGAUCGAGCGCAGUUUGGUGUCUCGAUCGCCAACUACGAUAUACAAACUACGCUAGGAAAACUAGUAUUUAACGUCUAGCUUUAAGUGAGCGUCGGAUGCAGCACGAAAGUGUAAAUAAUUCCUUCUUCCGUAAAAUUCACCGUUUGCUUGGGGAUUUUGCAUGAAGAUUGAUUUCGAUGAUAAACAAAACCGACAAGAAAUUUUUUGCUUCCGGAUUUUUCUCCGGUUCACUGUCGUUCAUACGAGCGAGUGUAGCUAGAAUCGAUUUUAUGCUGUUCUAACUACUGAGCUUUCAAGCGCUUUGCGAAAAUGAGCUUUCACGCGAGUUUGUACUGACAUUUAGUACCAUUGUUUUCGCAAAGCAAAUGACGGUGAACCAUUGAGCAAUCGAGCUUUUGUGAGCUACUAUCUUUUAAUCACAUACGACCAAUAAGAUUGUACUAGCAUAGGACGAGUGCGCUUUUACAGCAAUGCACGCCCAAAUGAAACAGGUACAUCGAAAUAAAGCUGCUGUAAUUUAUUGUAAUCUGUG